AUGGAUGCCCUAGUUGUGAUGGAAUUUGCUGCCGAGGAGGCCAAAAAGGUUGAGGAGGACGCAGCACGUGCGGAUUUACGUGUUUUCAAGGAGUAUACGGAUCGGGCCUUCAAUAGGCGGUUUCGAAUAUCGAAGGAAUCGUUCCAGAAUGUUCUCGCCCUCAUCGGACCCCAGAUAGAGCAUCCAACAAGAAGGAAUCGAGCCCUUCUUCCUUUAGAGCAACUUGCUGUUGCACUGCGGUUUUACGCGUUUGGUUCUUUCCAAAUCGAAUUCGGGGAUUCCAGUGGUGUUUCACAGGCUACGUGUAGUCGUGUGGUGCGUCGGGUUUCUGAAACAAUCAGUGCCAGGAAGGAAGUCUUAAUUCGGUUUCCGACCGGAGCGGAGGAGAGACGGGUGGUAAUGCAAGGAUUCCACGAAAUUGCCGAGUUAGCUGGGGUGAUUUGUGCAAUCGACGGAACCCACGUAGCAAUCGUGAGCCCUGGAGGUGAGGAUGCUACACGAUUCAUCAAUAGGAAGCGAUACUACAGCUUAAAUUGCCAGUAG